UCUCUUCAGGCUCCUCCGUCUCCCUAUCCGUACGUACGGCGCAUAUAUAUUAGUUAUGUGUACGGGAGGGAUGUUUUACUCUGCAGACGCAGUGACUCUGAAGACACUUUAUAUAUCUCAACAGACCAACCGGGAGUCGAACACUCCGCAGCCGAUUCCACAUAUUCACAUCUACAGAAACAGAGCUAACGAGUUAACUGAGGGCAAACAGACUAAUCGACUGCUGACAGGUUCAGCCUGAACCGCAAUCCCUCAACAUGCCAACAAGUCCUCCUAGUUCGCAUUGCAAACAACCUCGCAGAUCGGCGUGCGAGGGGUGUGCAUGACUAUCAUCUGCUAUCCAUCCUUCACCUCCCGUGUUAUGAGAUAGGACGAUAUGAUAUCUUGACAAAUUCCAAGCCUCGUCUCUUUGCGUGUUUGCCAAAUAAUAAAAUAUCAACAAGUCCACCGUCAAUAGCGCCGGGACGAUCGCCCAACCUUUAACAAAUGCUUUCAUUUUACCAACAGCUAUCACCGUGGUCUAUAGGGCAGACCAAACGGGAGGGAUGCUUGUGUGGCUUCCGUUUACUAUAUUUUAUUUAUAUGGCCUAAGUGCGUUUGAACUUAUGUGCUUUCCCGUACCGCUGUCUCUGGGUCUGGGGAGGGGAUUGCAUACUUUAUCUUUCAUGCACGCACGGCUGCGGUCGCGAUAUCGACUUACUCCAUGCGGAACAGUGGCCUGGUAGCCGGUAUUCACACCUAUAGAUUUACAUGGACUAUGGAUACCAGGGCUCCGACCCUCAUGGAUGGAUGUACCACUGAUGGUUGUUUGAUAGGACCCCCCUCGACCAGACUUUCCAACCACACACUCCCCCUCUCACGCGGCUUCCCCGAAUCACAGCUCGUCUAGCACCUCCGCAAAAGAUAUGGCUAGAGGAUGUCACUGGCUCCUGGGGUUGUCUGCGUUUAGCGACUGUCACGCAGGCUUUUCAUGGUUAAAUACAUGGCCAGGAUUUUACCGGUAACUGUUGUCAGAUGUCCGCGAUGUGGCCUGCAAGGCGUCCAACAAAGUCGCCAAAGCAAACCGGCUGCCAGAAUAGAGUAGCAACUGAGAUACAGGAAAGAAAAAUCCAACUCCCUGAUGGCCGAUCGUGCGACUCGAAUCUCGUUCUUUAUCUACAGACGAAGACAUGAGUAUUGUCAAAACACCUACCCUUGAACAGUCAACAGCUGGGUCCGAAAAGAAGAAAAAAAAAAAAAGGUAGUUAAAAAGGUUCCCUUUCAGGUCUGUGGGCAUACGAGAAUACGUCCAGGAAGCUAUGCCCCAUUUCUUUGACAUCUUCGUUCAUUCAUCUUUUGCUGUCGUGCAGUUGAUCAUCAUCAAGUGAUCACGCCUGCUUCUCGAUGAACAGUUCGGAUAGACUAAUAUGCAAGGCAAGACCGCCGUCUUCCUCGCUUUUGCGGAAAUACAUCCCUACAUAUCUUGGCCGUAUUUCCACCGUUUCUUGGUUGCAUCAGUAUGGAUAUUUAGUCUUGGUAUGACAGAUCAGCGGGCUUUGCCCUUGAUGCAAGAGCAGGAGAGAAAGUUGAAGGAAUAAAAUUGGCCGGCUACUUGCAGAUGUUUAUUACGGGGUAUUCCGGUCACAUACUCACUUAUCCAUUCAUCAAGCCUUCGGACGGGAGGAUAAAUGCAGCAUGUCAGAAGGCCAUGCAGGCUUCCGUCUGCACAUAUGGUCAAUCUUAUGGGGUUUCUUCUUGACAACCUUUAUACAGUCAUUCCAGGCGCUGUUGCUGGUCGCUAUCAGCGUCCAUCAACCUCCUUUUCUCCUCAUUCUGUCGUACUCGGGCGUAUAUAUAUAUAACUGAAGGCAGACUCCACGCAAGGUACCACUAGUCAGCCCAUUAGUGAAACCAGCAGAUACCCCGCCGGGGUUCAUGCCAUGCUGCGCUGGCAGCGACUGGAUCGUUCAACAGAAGUCUUGACGUGGUGUCGAUGUGUAGGUGGCCUUGGGAUAUCUGUAGUAGAUCCUCAGUGACCUCACAUCUCAACGGCACCCCUUUUACCUCACCUUCCGUCUCUCUGUUUUCUCACUAUUUUCUCACUAAUUGCCUGCGUCUCCUUUUACCGUAUUUACAGUUUUCCCUCCUCUUUCACUGUCUCAUUCUGAUAUCGAUGAUGACUAAGGAGGAUUAGCUAUAAGGUUGUUCCCGCGCCCAAAGCGGAAUUUCGGUAAAGUCUCGGGUAUCAAACGUUGAGGCCAUCAGAAAAUCCGAACAAACAACAAAGACAGCAAGCAAACGGGAGCAAACAAACUUGGAGAUAGAUAUAAAUAAUAGGCUACCAAGAGGAGAGCAAGCAAGCAGCCGGCGAAUAGUGUAGGCUAUGGCGACAGCAAACGUACUCUCGCUCUUCUCCUUGCAGGGCAAGACUGCCCUGGUGACUGGGGGAUCCAGGGGUAUCGGGCGGGCGAUGGCCGUAGGCCUCGCAGAAGCUGGUGCAGAUAUUAUCCUCGUCCAACGAGACACCAGUAACACGCAGACACGAGACGAGAUACUGCAAAAGACGGCAGGCAAGUCAAAAGUGACCAUCCAUGCCGCUGAGUUGUCCGACCGCACUGCGGCGAAGGCAAUAGUCUCCAGCGUGACUGCGGAUGGCACAGCAGUUGAUAUCCUGCUAAAUUGCGCUGGCAUCCAGCGGCGACACCCGAGCGAGGCGUUCCCGGACCAGGACUGGGAUGAGGUGAGUUGCCAUGCAUAAAAUAUGAUUAAACGAUAUAAAAUUGGGACUGACGGCAGCGGCCGGGAAUAAUAAUAAAAA